AUGUCAAGUUCGGGGCAGAGCUCGCCCAACAUCCCGAUCGCGAGCUCGUCCCGGCCGCUCCUCCCCAGCCAGCCGCAGCGCAAGGACAGCUACCCGGCUCUUAACCCAAGCGCAUUAUCGCACGUCUCGUCUCCUGGUCCAGUGAGCGGACCGGCGAAGAGGCCACUGGCUCCGGCACCAGGAGGCGACGCACGCCCCGAGCGGAAACUUAUGGACCGGCCUCAGAGCAUUACCGACCCAAUUUCUGGCAAGAAGAAGCGCGUCAGCCUAAGUUGUGCUCAGUGUGCAAAGAGGAAGCAGAAGUGUAAUCGCGAAUAUCCAUGUCAACAUUGUGUCGCACGCAAAGUCCCUGAAUUAUGUGUCCCAUAUACCCCUGUACCGAGUAGCUCGACGCACCAGCUCGAUCAGGCCACGACAGACCGCCUGGAGCGUAUGGAAAAUGUCCUUUCUGUGCUCGUCCGCCACAACCCCGGUGUGGGCGGGUAUCAGGCUGUUCGAGAAUGGCUCAGUUCGUCCACCUUCCAGCGAUUUGUGAAUUCAACCCCGUCCACACCAGCGAGCCCCCUCGUGCCGCACAAGUUGGCUCUGGGGCCACCGGUGCCCAUUCGCACUGCGGGGCUAAAUGAGCCGCAGCCGAUCCCGCCAGAAGACAUCGAAACGAUGGAGCGCGGUGGCACGGCAGACGAGGAGGCGCGCGUCGGUAAGGGUUGGCUGGGCGAAUUGGAAGGUGGCGUGCCCGAGGGCAUGCGCAUCGACGAGAAUAUUACCAUGCGCCUAGACGUGCACGGAACACCAGCCGAGAACCUGCAGCAGCUGAUCCGUGACUGUGGCGUCAGCCCACACAAGGUCCAGGAACUUAUCCAGGAGCUGCCGCCGAAGCCAUUCGCGGAUAGGGUGAUUGACUGGUAUUUCCAGCACCUGAAUCUCGUGCGGUACCCUAUUGACGAGCGCCUCUUCCGGACCUCGUAUGAGGACCUGUACUCGAAAAAGAGGAGUGUGGACCCUGCAAACCUGAGAGCGCUUCCGCUUGUGUUCAUCGUGCUCGCGAUGGCUGUGCGUCUAGCUCCAGAUCACUGGGCGGGCGACGACCAGACGCGGAAGAUCUCGAGUUUGAGGAUGUACUGGAGCUCGCGACGGAGUAUCUUGAUUGCGACAGCGCUCGAGUCCGAGUCGAUCGAGCUCGUGCUCACGCGUCUCCUGAGCGCCAUCUACCUUGUACAAAUCCACGAUCGCCGGCUGACAGAAUGUUGGUCUCAGCUCGGAGCGUCAUUGCGCACGGCACAGGCGAUCGGGCUGCACCGCGACGGCUCAAAACUAGGUCUCGACCCAUUCCAGACUGAAUACCGCCGCAGACUGUGGAGUUACCUGUACCACGCGGACCGGCUGUACUCGCUCAUCCUCGGGCGACCGCCGAGCAUCGGCGACGCGUACACGGACACGCUGCCGCCGUCCAACAUUGACCUCUCCGAAUUCAAGAUUGGGCCAAACAACCCGCCUGGCCCAGCGCCACAGGCGCGUCCGUUAUCAGAGCCGACCACUGCCACAUUCCUCAUCCUGCGGCGUAACCUCAGUAGCAUCAUUGGGCGGAUUGUGCACCACUUCCAGAAGCUCAAUGAGCCUGCGCAAUACGCCGACGUGCAGCGUCUGCAGGACGAGCUGGAUCAGUUCACCAACCAUCUUCCCCCGCACUUCCGCAUGCGCGAUGCCGACAAGAGGCUCGACAAGCAGUACUACUGGCUGCCAGUACACCGAUUCAUGCUCCUGACCGAGGUGCUCGUAACAACGAUUAUUUUACAUCGUCCAUGGCUCCUCCGUCGCCUCAGCAGCAAUCGCUACGCCGCCAGCCGAACAGCAUGCUUCGAAAGUGCCAAGAUCGACUUCCAGAUCCGGCAGGACUUCCAACGCGAAGUGCCCGACUUCAAGCUGUUCGCGAUAACCGGCCAAUUCAAAAUGUUCAACAGUGCAAUGAUUGCUGGCAUUUCAGCCAUCAUCGACCCCCGCGGCCCAGAUGCCGACCAGAUGCGCCGCAUUCUCACCACCUUCCUAGAACAGCACCCGUGGACCGAGAUGGCGGGGCUAGACGAAACGACGCGCAAAGAAGUCCAGAUCGUACACACGUUGAGUCGGCGCGCAGCCCAGAUUUUCGAGGACACGAUGGCGCCCGGCGAGUUGAACGCACAGGACAAGGACUCUGUCACUCUCCUCUUAGCUCUGCGCCAGGGCGAAUUGAUGGAACCGGGUUUCGGCACGCCGGUUCCCACGCCUUCACCUGGUCCAGGCCCAGGCCGCCGCCAACCCCCUCCCACUCCGUGGGCGCGCUUCGCGCCGCCCAAUGCGAUGCAGUCGCCCAGCGCGCACGAAGAGGACCACUCCCAGCGCCUCCUCGACCAGUGGCUGAGUGCGAACGCGUCCCUUGCCGGCGGGGGUAUUGGUGGGCCAGCGCUAGCAGUCGAACCCCCAGGAGUCAAUUACCUCAUGGCCGGUCUUGGGGGGAUGGCGCUUGUGCCAGCCUCGUUUCCCGCGACGCCAAACCUCAAUGCCCCGACUCCCGUUCCGAUGGGCGGUUUUGUUUGGCCACACGCGGAUGAGACGCUCACUAGUGCGCCCAGCGUCGAGAGCUCGUUUGCGUUCCCACCCGCGGGACUUGAUGGGACUGCGCUGGGUGAUCCGGGAGAGAAUAGCGACGAGUAUUGGAAUACACUUAUUGACGGGAUCCUCGGGACGACGGGGGCUAACAGUAGCAUGGCGGCUGCUAGUGGUGGGAAUAACUCGUAG